CUCCUCCUCCUUCACCUGCUCCUCCUCCUCCUUCACCUGCUCCACCUUCUUCUCCUCCUCCUCCUCCACCUGCUCCACCUCCUCCUUACCAACUGUGGGUUGACGUUGUGCUCGUCUCGUCUACAGGUCAUCAUUGAAAGGUAUAAAGGAGAGAAGCAGCUCCCCAUCCUGGACAAGACCAAGUUCCUGGUGCCAGACCACGUCAACAUGAGUGAACUGAUCAAGAUCAUCAGGAGGCGCCUCCAACUAAACUCCAACCAGGCCUUCUUCCUGCUGGUGAACGGCCACAGCAUGGUGUCGGUGUCGACUGCCAUCGCCGAGGUGUACGAGCGCGAGCGGGACCAGGAUGGCUUCCUCUACAUGGUCUACGCCUCCCAGGAGACCUUUGGCCAGUAAUCCUUUCUCUUGUUCUUCAACCACCUGGCUGGUGAUUGGACAAUUGUAGUUCCUCGCCCCUCCUCCUCCUGACUGCCGCAAUCCAAUCAGGCUCCAGAUCUGCAAGCAGUGAAGAAUCUUCAAAAAGUUUGAACAGAACUCCGCUGAAAAUUAAGACUUUUCCCAUGUCUUUGUUUCUCUACCGCCCUCCUGUGGUAAAAUCAUGUUAUGGCCGUGAAGUACAUUUUAUGGUUUAUUAAGGCCGUUUAUUUCAUUGUUACAGUUUGGCUUUUAUUUACUGUAGGUAAAGUUGUUUUUUGAGUCUUUUGGGGAUCAGGGCUAAAGGAAAAAGUUUUCUUUUUUCUUUUUUUUUUUAAUGAUGUUUUUAAUCACAGUCUGAGGUUGGAGAACUGAUAAACUGAUGUUUGCUGUGUCUCAUCACCUUUUCCUCUUCCGUCUGUCUGUGUGUGUGUGUGUGUGCGCAGAUUUGCGCAUCUGCCUUAUAGCCUUUAAAGCAUCUUCUCAACUGUAACGAAAAGAUGACAGGUGUGGGAGAGGAGGAAGGUCGCGUCUAUUUUUUUUUGUUUUUGUUUAGAGAACUAUUAGUUUUUGUUUUUUUUUAAAGUCCGGGUCGGAGUUAGACCAACGUCAGACGUGAAAGUCAGGAAUUUGAGGAAAGAGGUGCAAAUUCUGUGGUUGGCUGAAAAACCUCUGAUUAAACAAAAUAAAAUGAUAGUAAAACAAACACCCUUCCAUGUUCCCUCACAUGUGCCGUGCUGUUCAGACAGGACAGAGCGGUCGGACCUGUCAGCGAGAGAGUAACCAAGUAGUCACUAAAAUCAGAGCCGUUUUUUUUUUUUUUUUUGGCUGCAUGUGUAAAAUAAAAAUCCGAGACAGUUUUCCUGUAAAUACUGACGAUAGAGAGAAGAGAGUGUGACGUUCAAAAUACAAAUAAAAUAAAAAAAUCCUACUUUUCUGUGGCGUUUUCCAGAGCUUGCGGGUUCAAUUCCCCAACGGCACCUUUGCUGGUCACAUGUUGUUUUGGUUUUUUUUCCAAAGGGCUUCACUCUGAAAGAAAUGAAUAUGUGUUUGAUUGUUCUGACGUCUUUCAUCACCAUCAUCAUCUGUUUUUAUUUGACAGGAUUUUAUCGUUUAGUUUAGUUUUUAAAUUUAACGUCUUUUUCAUUUCAGGCGGUUCUUCACCGUCAACGGUUUGUAAAUGUUCUGUGUGUGUGUGUGUGUGUGUGUGUCUUGCAGAGGAUUGAAUCAUCUGUGAUUUUCAGACACACACACAUCAGCUAUAUCCUGCAGUUUUCACUCAUGUAUUUAUGGUUUUUGUAAGCAAUUAAGACAGAAAUAAACAAUAAAGAAAAGUAAAUACUC